ACAUUUGUUUUGUUUACGAAAAGCAGUAAAUCAAAAUUCGUUUUUUCACAAACCAAGUUAGACUUCUCGUACACCAACUUUAUUUAUUAAUUAGAAGUUUGUGUGAAACUAGUCAUGUCUAUGAUACCUUUCUUUCCAUCGUUGCGACCACAAAUUGCUAAUCGCAUUUGGUUUGAAAUUAAUACUCCACCUAGCGAAGAUGAUGUUUUGCGUUAUGAGCGGGAUCAUGAUAAUUGGAAGGAAUCUAUAAAAAAUGCGGCAAGCGAUAUUCCGCCCUUAGGUAAAGUUUUAACCAGACCUGGACCAGAAACUGAUGACGAAGAUGCUAACGAUGAUAGCGAUGAUUCAGAUACUCAUGAUGAUGAUGAUGAUACAAAUGAUAGAGCUAUUCCUGGUCAGCCAGAGCAUUCUGCACUUUAUUCGCCUGGUGAUGAAGCUAACCCAAUUAAUGAAGACGUGCCAACAACAGUCGACACUUUAUAAAUGGUUAUUUCCUUUUCGCUAUUUAGUUUUGUAAGAAUAAUACCUUAAUUUUGCAAAUCCAAAAGGGUUUAUAUUAUAUCGACCACUCAAAAUUUAAUAGAACUUAGAAACCGAAAAAUGCCUCCUGGUAUUUUCAUUGAAGUUCCCCAAUUAUUAAGAAAGCACUUUGUGUAAUAUCUAUUUUAGCCUUUAGACAUUGCUUGCCUGUCAGCCAGUUUAUAAGUUUCUUAAAAGUUUGGUGUCAGAUACCGUACAAAUAAUUAAAAAAAAAAAAGACAUUUGCAUAUUUUUUGUGCCGGAAUUAUUAUUUUCA